AUGACAUCAAAAAUAGUGAAGGUUUUAUGGGCAGGUCGGUUAAGUUAUAAUGCUGGUCUCAGAUUGCAAAAAAUAUUGUUUGAUCAACAUUAUCAAAAGUUAGAAAAAGAUACUGUUAAUACAUUAGUAUUGCUUGAACAUAAUCCAGUAUAUACAGUUGGUAUUAGAGAUAAGAGUUAUACUGUGCAAGAUGAAGAGAAGUUAAAGAGUUUGGGUGCGGAAUUUUAUAGGACAAAUCGGGGUGGUCUAAUAACAUUUCAUGGACCAGGACAGUUAGUGGCAUAUCCUAUACUAAACUUGAAACAAUUUAAAAGUAGCAUGAAAUGGUAUGUGUGUCAAAUAGAAAAAAUGAUUAUACGUUUGUGUGCAGAGUAUGGCCUUAAUGGUAAAACAUCACCAGAUACUGGUGUGUGGGUGAAUGAUAAAAAAAUCUGUGCAAUUGGCAUUCAUGGAAGUCGGUAUAUUACAACACAUGGUUUAGCUCUAAAUUGUAAUACAGAUUUGAGUUGGUUUGAUCACAUUGUGCCUUGUGGUAUUGAAGGAAAGGGUGUAACUAGUAUUACCAAGGAACUUAAUGCAAAUGUUACUACUCAAGAUGUUUUACCAUUAUUUCAAAAUGCUUUCCAAGAUCAGUUUGAAUGUACAUUAAUUGAAUGCACCUUGGAGGAGUCUUCAGAAUUACUUGGGAGUGUUACAAACAUGUGGAAUCGAAAUGUAAUAUCCUGAUUUUAAUAAAUUGAUGAAUUUUAUACCA